AUCACGAUGGCGGCGCCUCACCUCAAGCACACUUUCGCAAACAUCCAUGCCUUGCGAGGCGGAAAGCCGGAGCUCGGCGACCUUGCGCUCAGUGACUACCAUCUCGUUUUCCGCUUCCCCCCCGAGUCUUUGACUGCCGCAGAUCCGAGUCUGAAAAAGAGUGUGAAGCAAGUGUGGUUUGCCUUCCACAUUAUUUCACAGUGCACCUUACGGCCCACGCCCCCUUCUAGUGGCGUUCCUUCCUCGAUACGUAUUCGGUUCAGAGAUUUUACAUAUGUUAGCUUCAACUUCGCAGGCGACAAGGAAGCCCGGGAGGCAUUCGAGUUCAUCAAGUCCAGAACAUGCAAGCUAGGAAGCGUCGAUAAGCUGCUGGCCUUCAGCUACCGACCUCCGCCAAACUCACCCGAAAGCAAAAUCAACGGUUGGGACCUAUACGAUGUCAGAGCCGAGUUCCGCCGGCAAGGGAUAAGCGAAAAGUCACGCGAACUGGGAUGGAGGAUCUCUACGAUCAACAAGGACUACUCCUUCUCCCCGACCUAUCCGGCCUUGCUUAUUGUGCCAUCCAAAAUAUCCGACGCAACGCUGAAAUAUGCUGCGAGUUACCGGUCGCGGCAGCGAAUACCAACUCUCACCUACCGCCAUCCCGUCAACAACUGUACCAUUACACGGUGCUCGCAACCACUCCCCGGCAUAUCGUUCAAACGCAACAUUCAGGAUGAAUCUCUAGUCAGCGCGUGCUUUUCAGCUUCGACGGAGUUUGCAGGCAGCACCUCUCUCGACAUGCCAGUUGAAAGCCCGCCCCCGAGUACGGCUGACCUAAUGAUAGAGAGCGAGAACGCGGAUGGUUCCAUGUCGGAUAUUCAGAAGGCGGAGGAUGAGCUUACUGUUGGUGGCACUAUACUUUACGACGGAAAGACUGGCAAGAGACUGAUAUAUGGAGCCCAGCAACAAAACCUGAUCGUCGACGCUCGACCAGUGAUUAACUCCUACGCGAUGCAGGCAAUAGGAUACGGCACCGAAAACAUGGAGCACUACAAAUUCGCCAAGAAAGAAUACCUGAACAUAGACAACAUUCACGUCAUGCGAGAGUCGUUAGAAAAGGUUAUCAGCGCCAUCAAGGACGCCGAUGUGUCACCUUUCCCACCGAACAAAGAACUCUUGGCCAAGAGUAAAUGGCUGAAGCACAUAAGCGGUAUCUUGUCCGGAUCAGCCUUGAUUGCACAAAGAGUAGGUAUCCAGCACUCCAAUGUUCUCAUUCACUGUUCCGAUGGAUGGGAUCGCACAAGCCAGCUCAGUGCCCUUUCUCAGCUGAUGCUUGAUCCCUAUUAUCGCACUCUCGAAGGCUUCAUUGUGUUGGUUGAGAAGGAUUGGCUGUCUUUUGGACACAUGUUUCACCUUCGGUCAGGGCAUCUAAGUCAUGAGGACUGGUUUACAGUGGACGGCGAUGCACUUGCAGGGACCGCCGUGAAGCCAGGGGAAAAUGAUGGUCGGGCAGACCAUUUCGAGAACGCCAUAGCCGGCGCGAAGCGAUUUUGGAGCAAGAAAACGGCCGGCGGGAAGGAAGCCGUUACUGAUGCGGAUGGGACGCCUAUCGAGACCGGCGUGGAACCUGCUGUUGCCGAGAAUAUGGCAACAAGACCCAAGGAUAUCUCGCCUGUCUUCCACCAGUUCCUCGACGCCACCUACCAGCUCCUCAGGCAACACCCGACUCGCUUCGAGUUUAACGAACGAUUUCUGCGCCGCUUAUACUACCAUGUGUAUUCUUGUCAGUACGGUACCUUUUUGUUUAACAACGAGCGCCAGCGCCACGAAGCACGGCUACAAGAACGUACAAGAAGCGUGUGGGCCUACUUUCUGAGCCGGCGCUCGGAGUUCACGAACGAGCAGUACGAUGCCACAGUUGAUGAUCACGUCCGGGGCCGUGAGCGCAUACUAUUCCCUCGCUGCGACGACGUGCGGUGGUGGCACCAACUCUUCAACCGGACGGAUGAUGAGAUGAAUGGCGAUCUAAAUGCCUUGGCCGCAACAGCAGAGCGUGUUGCUGCGUAUCAGCAAGCUUCAUCGUCAUCAGAGCUUUCAAGGCCUGUCGAUGCGGGUACGAUUGAUGUGAACAGCAACCCAUCAUCGUCCGGCGCCCCAUCGCGGACAUCGGUAAGCCCCACCCGGAGCCCGCAGCCGCCGGGCUUGGCAGCUACCGCGGCCGGAGGGUCCGUGCUUGCAGGCGUGGAGUCGGCCCACGAGAUUCUGACGCCCGGGACUAGAAGUCCGGCGCCACCAAACCGAAAUGUCGCCGCUGGAGAUCCCACGGGCACUUUUGCAGCUCUUCAGGAGAGGGUGUCCGGAUUGUCGCUUGGAAAGGCUAUGUUUGGCGGCGGCACCGGUGGGAGCACAGGGCGAAGUUCGAUUGGAGGAUCUGGCUCUGAUUCCGGGCGGAAUUCGCAAAACGAACUGGUGGAGCAGGAGAUGAAGAGUAUGAGUUAGAUGAGUGGUGAAGACUGAUGGAGAAGGAGUAGAAUAAUAUGUGGGCAGUUGGUUCCCGUCAUGAGAAGAGCACGUUGGAACAGCAUGUUCCCUGAGGAAGCAAGGUUAGCGAUGCUUUAGUUGCAGU